AGAUGCACCACUAUUUUUUCAGCUAUAAAUACAUCUCUCCCCCACUUCUUUUUAUGUGUGUGUGUGGUUGUGUUCCCAUUUGGCAAAGAAUAAAGCAGCAACGAAACAUCCCAGCUUUUCCCGUGGCACCCCGCUCGUGUCAGAUGCUUGGACAGUUCAAGGGGCCUUUGCAGUAUGUCGUUUGGAGAGAGAUGAGAUCGGCUCUCAACAUAGCUUUCCCCCCUCCUCUUUCUGUAGAUUUCCCCCCAAUAACCCUGGACCCUGAAACGGCUCAUCCUUGUCUUGUCCUUUCGGAUGACCUCACCUCUGUCCGGGACGGCCAGAUCCGCCGGGAUGUUGUGGAUACCCCUCUGCGGUUCAACUACUGCGUAGCAGUGCUGGGUUGCCAAAGUUUCUGCUCAGGGAAGCAUUACUGGGAGGUGGAAGUUGGCAAGAAACCUUCUUGGACCUUAGGCCUGGCUUACGUCUCCAUCAACCGCAAGGGGAAAAUUGCCGCCUCCCCUGGCAAUGGAUACUGGGUCAUCCGGUUGCGGAAAGGGGUGGAACUCGUGGCUAAGGAUACGCCUCCCCACAGGUUGUGCCCCACCGCCUUUCCCACCAGAGUUGGGGUUUAUCUAGACUAUAGUGGGGGACUGGUGUCUUUCUGUGAUGCCUCCACCAUGGAUCAUCUCUACACCUUUGUUAGCCCCAGAUUCACAGGGAGAUUGUUCCCCUAUUUUUGCCCUGGCCUGUGCAAUUCAGGGGAGAAUUCCACCCCAUUAAAAAUAUGCCACCCUCCCCUUUUGUAGAGGGAAAAGAGGACCCCCCCCUCUUUAUUCUAAUUCACAAGAUGAUUUAAUGCAUUUGUUCCUCCUGGAAGAUUUCCCUGGAUAGAUCGUACUUUAUCUUAAACAGGAAAUCAUCUUGAGUCUCACCUAAGGAGAUCUCCUCUAGUUUAAACCCUUCAGUUGCAAUCUCUCGGGCAGUGGCACCCCCUUGUCCGUUGAUCCUUCCACUCUGGUCACAUCCAGCAUGAACAAAUAAAGCAAAGGUCGCCUCGAGGAUCUACAAGGAAGACCCAUAGAAAUUAAAACAAUAAGAACAGGAGAUUAUCCUGAAAUGCCAGCCCAAAAGUGGAGACUCAAGUUGCAGGACUCCUUGUCAAGUUGGACUGAAGUCGCACUGGUGACUCAACUCAAGUGUUUUUUUCUUCAGUGACUCGGAAACUCAACUCGUGACUCGGAACUCACCCACUCCCUUCCUCUCUUUUUCUGAGGAAAAAAAGCUUUUUUUAAAAAAU